CGCCGCCGCCAGCUGGGCCGCCAGCCCCGGCGCCGCCGGCGCCCCGCCGCGGCGCGGGCGAAACUCCCGCGGAGGGCGGGGUGCAGUGCCAGCUCGACCAGGCGACAGAGCACGCGCACGACAUCCACGGGCUGCUCGAGGAGUACGAGGGGCACGGCAUGCCGCGGUUCAAUUAAAUAGAGAGGCCACCCGACCUUAACUGUAGUAUGCGGGCAAUUUUAGUGGAUUGGUUGGUGGAGGUUGCAAUGCAGCACGAACUGAAGCUGGAGACGUUAUUCCUCACUGUCAGCAUCAUCGACAGGUUCCUCUACCAAAGGGAGACGUCUAGGGAGAAAUAACAGCUCGUCGGCGCCGCGGCGAUCACGAUCGCGGCGAAGACGAUCGCGGCGAAGUUCGAGGAGGGCAAGGCCGUCCUCAUCACAGGCAGCGCGUUCAAGAAGGGGGACAUCCAUCAGAUGGAGGUGUGCAUUCUCACGGAGCUGGAGUUUGUCAUCUGCUUCCCCACGGCGGCCCAUUUCUUGCGGCGCUUCCAGCGCCUCAACCAGUGCCCCGAGGACUCGGCGCAUGGCCACCUGCUGCAUUACCUCUUGGAACUCACCUUGAUGGAUGUCCACAUGAUCAGGUACGAGCCUUCUCGCCUGGUGGCGGCAGCCGCCCUGCUGAGCAACAAGCUGAUGAAGCAGCAGCCCUCGUGGCCGCCCUUGCUUGCAACUCGCUGCAAAUUCGACCUGCCAGCAGUGACGGUUUGCGCGCAGGAGAUGUGCAGCAUCCUCGAGGCCGCCCAGUCCAGCCCGCUCCAGGCUGCGCGGAAGAAGUUUUCCCACAGCAGUAGGUCCAGCGUCGCCGCUCAGCGUUGGCGCUGAGGAC